CCUUGUAUAGCGGCUGGUACCACAGCGCUUUCAAGAGCAUCGCACUCCAUGUGCGUUGCGUGGAUGUUGAAAUUGCGCUGUGCAGCUUGUAACCGCGGCAAGAACUCAACAUGUCGAACCCUCCCAACGACCCGUUCUAUUCCUCCCCAUUCGGACCCUUCUACAGAAGGCACUCGCCCUACAUGGUCCAACCCGAGUAUAGGAUCUACGAGAUGAACAAACGACUACAAUCUCGUACAGAGGAGAGUGACAGUCUGUGGUGGGAUGCGUUUGCCACGGAGUUCUUUGAGGAGGACGCCACCCUGACCCUCUCCUUCUGCCUGGAGGAUGGACCAAAGAGAUACACUAUCGGACGAACGCUCAUCCCGCGCUACUUCAGCACAGUGUUUGAGGGCGGAGUCACUGACCUGUACUACAUCCUCAAACACUCCAAGGAGUCUUUCCACAACUCCUGCAUCACUGUGGACUGUGAUCAGUGCACCAUGGUCACCCAGUAUGGGAAGCCAAUGUUUACAAAGGUAUGCACAGAGGGGCGACUGAUUCUUGAAUUUGCCUUUGACGACCUCAUGAGGAUCAAGACCUGGCACUUCACCAUCCGGCAAUACCGAGAACUCAUCCCCCGCAGCAUCCUGGCCAUGCACGCACAAGACCCCCAGGUUCUGGAACAGCUCUCCAAAAACAUCACCCGCAUGGGGCUGACCAACUUCACCCUCAACUACCUCAGGCUGUGUGUCAUCCUGGAGCCCAUGCAGGAGCUCAUGUCCAGGCACAAGACCUACAACCUCAGCCCUAGGGACUGUCUGAAGACAUGCCUGUUCCAGAAGUGGCAGAGAAUGGUGGCCCCGCCAGCUGGACAUCCACAGAAUUUCAAAACGGAAAUAUUCCCCACAAAUCACAAAAAAGCUGAGCCAACGAGACAGACGACGACGAAGAGGAGGAAAAGGAAGAACUCUGCCAGCAGUGCCAACAGCAGCGUGGGCAAUGCCAACAGUAAGAAGAGAAGCCCUGCCAGCAACUUCAGCCUUUCCAGUCAGGUACCUGACGUGAUGGUGGUUGGUGAGCCCACCCUGAUGGGCGGGGAGUUCGGGGACGAGGACGAGCGUCUGAUCACACGUCUGGAGAACACGCAGUACGACGCCACCAACGGAUUGGAUGGCGAGGAUGACUUCAACAGCUCGCCAGCGCUCGGCAACAACAGCCCGUGGGGCAGCAAGCCGCUCAACAACCAGGACAGCAAGGCCGAGAGCACAGCGCCGCAGUCGUCACAGUAGAACACACAGGGACCAAGGCCACCGAGAGCACAGUCAGUGCUCCAAUCUUCAUAUGUCCGCUUAGCUGACAUUUAACUUCAAUGGUUGAAUGUUACUAUUUUGGACAUAUUCUAAUGAGACCAUGUUGCCCUCACAGUAAAACAAAGAGGGAAAAUAAUUAUUAAAAAACUGUACCUAUUUGGCACAUUAGGGCGGCGCCCUCUAAAACCUCACAUCGUACUGAAUUGAACCCUGUUGGCAAUUCUUUUCACGUCGUGGUCAACGGUGUCACUGUCACUCAUCAUGAUCGAUCAUCUCCACCAAAUAUCAGAACAAUUCUUCUCCGACUUCACUGUAACAUCGAGGAGAGAGACAGAGAACUGACUAACAUUGCACAGCAAUAUCCAUACGAAUAACACUGCUUUUUCACCUAAAUACAUACAGGUUGUAUGCAUUGCAAUGAUGACGUAAACAAUACUGGGUUUUCUUUUUUCAAUUUUUCCUAGAAUUCCUCUGUUUGGAUUUGGUGGGAAUUCACAGUGUUAGGAGAGUUGGGAUAGCUCUGGGAAUGACACAAUGCAGGUGUUCAUAAGAAUUGUCUUUCAUGGACACCUUCUCAGUCCUUGAGCUUUAACUGUAGUGCGAUUCUGUGGUUGUUGCCCUUUUGACCUUUGAUUUGCAGGUUGCAACACCUCUGGGACAGUUGACAGGGGAGGUCAAAACAAAACAUCAAAAACAAAAUGGCUCCUUUAAGGACAUCAGCCUCAAUCAGAACUAACCGGCAAGGUUUAUACUCAGCCCAUAUAGAGCCACCAAACUGCAUCCGCGAUGGCUGAGACGUCGCCAUCUUGAGCUUUUGCCUUUUUAUUGGAAAUUAAUUUGGCUGUUGGUUUGUUUACAUUGUUGUUUUUUGUUGGAUUUUCAAUGAAAAGGAAAGUGACUCUGUUUCACCUUUAAGGACAGCCUCAAAUGGGGAGACACGUGUUCCAUGAUUGCUUUUCCAGAAUUACUGCAUCAGCACCAAUUGUUAUUUCAUGCAAACCUGUUUGAUUGUGUUUGUAGUCUAUUGGUGUUCUUUUGCUUCUCCCCAAAAUACUUUACAAUCAUGUUUGUACUUUGCCAAUCAGUAGGCCUUUCACAUUUGGAAUUUGUUCUUUCCCUUUAAUGACCUACUCCCAAACUGAUGUUUAAAGUUUUUUCCUGCAUGAUUUAAUUUUGUUUGUUUGAUAUACAGUACCAGUCAAACGUUUGGACACACCUACUCAUUCAAGGGUUUUUCUUUAUUUUUUACUAUU